AUGUCGGUUGACGUCGACGAAGACAACAACCCGUUCGGCACCCCGACCAGCAUGCUUGCCCCCACUGCCAACGACACCCCCACCCAGGCAUCACCUGACGCCACCGCCGACCCGGCGCCACUGACGUCACCGCCCCACGACGACGGCGACGACGCCGAUGACCUCCUAUUCAACAAUCCAGGCGACCCCAGGUAUAGUGCUAUGGUUUCCAUCAACCCUGAGUCCCGUGUCGGUCGGCUUUUAAAGCCUGGACAGCCAGUAAAGGCGGAAAUCAUCGACGCUAGCUCGUCCCGUGAAGGACUGACUAACUCCAAACUGUACGUCGUAUACACCAUCAGAUUGAUCAAUCUGAACCUUCCGGGAGAGAAGGCCGACACCAGACGCCGGUACCUGGAUUUCGUCGGCCUCAGAGAGAUAUUGUGCAAGAUAUUCCCCCUCGUGAUCAUACCGCCGAUACCGCCCAAAAACUACGUCAAUUUGAAACAACUAGUGACUCCUGAGAUUGGAAAGCCCGAGUCGACCACGCCCCAGACUCAGCUCACUAAUGGCCUGGGCCAUACAGGCACCGACAAGUAUAGCUAUAUCAAUAGCACCCAUUUGACCCAGCGACGGCUUGUGGAACACCGCCAGCGGUUACUUCAACGGUUUAUCAACAACUGUUUGAACAUUCCUCAAAUCAGAAACCUUGAAUUCUUCCAUAAGUUCUUGGAUCCCAAUGCUAAUUGGGGCGAUGAAGUGACGCUUAUCCUUUCGCAAUUACCAAAACUGGUCUACUGUUCGAACCCCGAGAAUGGAUUAAAAAUCGACCCGAUGUACCAACACUUACCGCAACCGCUGUCAUCUUCGGUAAAAUCAUUAGUGAAAAAGGGAGCUCAUUUAUUAUCGUCGUCUCAAGGCGAAGACAGUAAUAAUGACCGCCAUCUGCCUGAAGACGGACCCCCCACCGCCUCCAUCAUGGACACUACGGGUCUAGACAUUAUCAAUAAGCGGAUCAUGGAGAGCUUCAUCGGCAUGGCUCAGGAGUAUGCUGACUUGGGUACUGCAUUCAAUCUGAUGCUGCUUGUGGCAUUAUCAGAUAACGACGAUACCCCUAAGCUCAAUCUAAUGUUUGAUCGGUUUGGCCAGAUCUUCGACCGGCUGUAUAUCACGAUCAACUCCGUGGUGGCCGAUCUCGAUACCCGGUUCUCGGAACCGUUAGGUGAAGUCGUCCAGUAUACCGGGAUUUUCCAGGACAUUCAGAAGUUCCAGCUGCGUAAGAUCAAGCAGAAGCUGAUGGUCGACACUGAGAUCGCCAAUAAACGGGCGGAGCUCGAGGACCUUUUGCAGGCAGAAGGCCAGCCGUCCACUCACGCUGUUAGUGCCACCAAAACUGGGUUCCUGUUUAAGAAACUUCAACAGAUCGUUACCGAUAUCAUCGACCAGAACCCUGAACAAACGAGAAAGGAACGCAUCGAAUACUUAAAGCAGAAACUAGGAAUCUUGGAAAAGUGCCAGGGGAUCAUGCUUGAGGACUUAUCGUAUAUUGCCGACGAAAUCAACAAGGGACUGGAGCUAUUCAAGCGCCAACAGCUCCAGCAAAUCUACCGCAUCUUGCUUGACUACAACGGGUUUCUUCUUGGCUGGGCGAAGAAGAACUGCGACAUUUGGGAGGACAUCCGCGAGGAAAUCAUUAAUCUAUAG